GCAUAUCAAGGCCUCCAGUCCUCGACUGAGUGUGCUGGUGCUCCUGGGACUGGUUCUAAUGAUGCCCUAUCCUCUCCUGCUGGGCCUCGUUAACUCCAGUCACUCUGACACCUUCCUCAGCCCUCAACUACUCUCCACACUAUGCUCAGUGGGUAACAUUGUGCCAAGCAGCGGAGAGAUACUGGCAUUUGCUGUGCUGCUAGUCAAGAACUGGAGACUAUACAGAAUUUUCUACAAUGACUCACUAAAGCCAGAGAUGUCUCGGUGCCUGAGAGACAAGUAUCUGGUUCUCCUGGCCCUACUGCUG